CUGGGGCUGGAGGCGCUGCUACUGCUGCUGGUGCCGCUGCUGCUGGUGCCGCUGCUGCUACUGCUGCUGCUGCUACUGGGGCUGGAGGCGCUGCUACUGCUGCUGGUGCCGCUGCUGCUGGUGCCGCUGCUGCUACUGCUGCUGCUGCUACUGGGGCUGGAGGCGCUCGCGAUUUUUUGAGCCCGAUUCUGUCAUUCGUUAUAUCUUUGCCACAGGUUGGACGGGAGGUUGAUUUGUUGUUGAUCUACUCGAGGUGUCGCAAGCCACCAUGACGCUCUUUCAAGCAAGGGAGUGGUGGUCUACGGUUGUGGCAGAGCCAGAAAGUCUCAGCCAAGCGUGCAUGGUCGUGGACAACCUUGAUAACGCUGCCGAUCGCGCUGAUAAAAUUGCCGUAGCGUCCUAUGCUGGCACCCUACACGUGUAUGCGCCUUCAGGCCAAGGCGCUGACCCCGAACACGACAAGCGUCUUGAACGUGACCUAGGCAUUCCCAUCCUGCAACUCCAAGUGGCAGAUGUCUCUGGUGAUAACCUCAACAAUCUCGUGGUCCUCCACCCCCGUGAGGUUGUUGUCUACCAAGUGCAGUCUGACAGCAGUGGCGGUCUUCAACUUGAACAAGUCUACCGCCACCAUCUGAAGCGAACCGCAGCCAAUAUGGUCAUCGGCCACUUUGGCCAGAGUGAAAUUGCCAUGAUAUGCAUCCAGUCCAUGGACGGCGCCCUGACAUUCUUUAAAAAGAACCGAGAGAUGCUCGUUCGCUACCUGCCCGAUUUUCUUUUGCCGGGCCCUUUGGACUAUGUGGCCGAGGACGACCUCCUUGUCACGGCCAACAGCUCGUGGCACAUCAAAGCCUAUAAAUUUAGAUCCAUGGCCGCCGUCUCGGAGGAGAGUAGCUCCCAACAGCAGCAAGCUAGCAACCAGGUCUCGGCUGAACAGAGUACCAAGACUGGCAAAAAAAUCACGGAGGAAUUUUCGUUCAACUUGGGUGAAGAAACCAUGGCCAUCUCUCACGUCAAGGUUCAGGACCAAUCACGGCUCGUCGUGUUAGGUGCGACUUCAAUGUAUUACCUGAACAUGGCCGGCGAGCUUUUGUCGUGCAAACGUUUUGAAGCCAACUGCAAUUGCCUGGCGACCUACCGCGUCGUUGAUCAGCAAAUCAACCUUCUCUUGGGCUGUGAUGAUGGCAUUCUACGUGUCCUGCGUGAUAAGACUGUCAUCUGGGCAGCGGGUGGUGUAUCCCAACCGCUGGCUUUAUCCACUUUUGACUCGCCAUCCUUGCCUGGCUUGAUUGCCAUUGUAUCAGCUGAAGGCCAUUUGACCCUGUACUAUCUCGGCACCGACCCGUCGCUUCCGCAACUGACCCAGCCUUCUCGCCCCAUGAACCACGAGGCCUUGGAUGCCGAGAUGACCGAACUACAAAGCGUCAUUCGCGCUGCCGCUGCCGGAGCAUUGAGCAAGGACACAGCUCAAGAACACAUCCACCUUUCACAUGGUGCUUUUGUCCACGAUGAAAUGGUGGAUCCGGAGACCGGCUUUACGCUCAGUCAUGGCACAACCGUGUCCAUUGCCACGGCAGCGGACGUGACUGCAACACAACUCAGCGUACGCAUCGUAGCGCUUACACCAAUUGUGUGUGACCAUGAAGAAAUUUCUCUUGGAGAUCAAGAAAUUUCAACCGGCACCACCGUCGAUGUGCGUUUGCAUUUUGGUCUGGCCGACAGCCUUCCCCCCUCUGCACUAGAGGUCAAGCUUGUUGUAGAUUGUAUCAUCAACGACGAGCCCCACGUGUACGACUACACCUUUUCCCUUCCUCUUGAUAUGGCUCUGCAGCCGGCUGCCGCCGAAAAGCAAGCUGAUUACAAGUUGACCAUCCUAACCAACCAGCCGCCCGUGGGCAUGAACACCCUCUUUGGAGACGCAUUGGAGGGCCUGCACGGCAACGAAACCCCAGCGAUUGGCUUUCGCAUGCAGCACUCGGACUCACUUGUCAGCGUCAUUGCUGCAAAGACGUCCGGUCGCUAUCGUGUUCAAAGCAAUGACUUUGCUGCCCUGGCUAUCCCUCUCCAAGCCCUCACAGCAGCAUUGCAUGCUCACUUUAAACGCCAAGGUCAAGAGGUCAAGGUUGAAUUUGCAGAGGCCAUGCCCCUCGAUCCCUACUUCCGCAUCCUGGAGCAACACUUUGAGAUGCGCAAUGCUAUCCGCGCUUUGCGCGUGGCCCUCGAUGAAGCGGCCACGCAGUAUCGCUUGUUGCAAAAGCGACUUUUGGCGCGUUUCAAGGACCCCUCACCAAGCAACAUCGACCAGUUCACGGCGCUCCUUGAAGGCAGCUAUCAGCAGGCAUGUUCCCGCUGCACUGAGCGAUGCCCGUGUCAUGAGCUUGGGCCAGCCAAUUGUGUCUAG